GGCGGCAAACGCAGUCAACAAGUAGGUAGUGCCGUGCGACGUGACCGCCGACCGGUAGUUUAUAGUAGUGACUUGUACGCGCGCGCGCGACCACGACGUGUGUUCCACGUUUCGUCGUCCGACUAUAGUUUAUUGUGCGUCGUGAUAAUAGUAAUACGAAAUUUAAUAAUAAACGCAUCAUACUCCCCCAUAAUAAGAACAGUGUGCUGCAGUGCUUCAUGCGAUAAUCGGAAUCGUACCAAUAAUAACGCCGUAUACGCGAUUGUCGUUCGAAUUUCGGUCUGUUUUCUUAGACUUUAGCCGCAGAGAUUUUUUCGGUUUUCGCGCGUGUACCUGUGCGCGACCGUCCGCUUUUUAUCCCGCCGUCGACGCGGGCUUUCCCGGGAACGUGCGGCCCGCUGUGAUGUUCUGAACCGACCGCGCCCGCACCACUUUGAACGCGCGCGCGGGGCGAUGGUGACUCGACGAACGCCGAUCACGGCGGCGGCGAUGACGUUGCGCUCGGCGCACGUCUUGGCCGCCACCGCGGCGGUACUCUUGCUGGUGGCCGCGGGAUAUGGACGAGACGCGGUAGCAGCGGAAACGACGACCGGCACUCCGGCGAUGACAACAUGCGGUCCGGGCAUGUUUCGAUGUUCGGACGGAAAGUGCAUAACUUCCGACUUGCUUUGCAACAUGCAAAAGGACUGCGACCGAGGAGAGGACGAGUUCCAGAGUUGCCCUCCGCCCGAGUGCGAACCCACGCUGUUGCCAUGCCGUCAGUACCAUUGGAACAAGACGUACUGUUACCCUCCGCACUAUCGGUGCGAUGUUACCGUCGACUGUGUUGAUGGCUCUGACGAGGCCGAUUGCACGUACCGAAAAUGCCAGACUGAAGACUUCCGCUGCGAGGUGAACGGUCCGGGCAGCGGUCCAUGUCUGCCCAAGCUCAAACGUUGCGACGGUUACUUCGACUGCCGCAACCACAAGGAUGAGGAGAACUGCGGGUCGGCCAUGAACAUGUCGUGUCCACUGGACAAAUUCCGGUGUCUAAAUGGGCAAAAGUGCAUCGACCCGAAACUGAAAUGUGACCAUCAAAACAAUUGCGGUGACAACAGCGACGAAGAAAACUGCAAUUUCGCGGCUUGCCACGUCGGCCAGUUCCGAUGCGGCAACGGGCUUUGCAUCCCUCUCAACUACCAGUGCGAUGGGUACGCCGACUGUCAAGACGGUACUGACGAGUUGAACUGCACCGCGCUGGCUUGCCCUGGAAAAUACCUGUGUCCCCAGGGUGGACCGAACAAACGGCCCAAGUGCAUAAACAAGUCGCAACUAUGCGACGGACAUAAAGACUGCGAUGAUAACGCCGACGAAGAGGCGGCGUGCUCGACCCUCAGUUGUCCAGCUCUGGGUUGUGAGUACAAAUGUCAGGCAUCACCCACCGGUGGCUCAUGUUAUUGUCCGGAAGGAAGAAAAAUCGCAAACGAUUCGAAAACGUGUAUAGAUCGUGAUGAGUGCUCCGAAUGGGGAUUCUGCGAACAGAUGUGUAAGAACUCGGAAGGAUCAUACACGUGCAGCUGUUAUCCAGGGUACAUGCUUAUGGACCGGAAAAAGUGCGUGGCCAACAAUCGGACACAACCGUUCCAAGUGUAUUUCGCCCAGGAUAAGAACAUUAUGAAAAUGGAUUCCAAGUACCAAAACUUGGUGGUGGUGGCCAACGCAACGUCRGCCAGCGGCAUGGAUUACCAUUACGCGUUCAAUACGCUGUACUGGUCCGACGUAAAGCUGAAGAAGAUCAAAUCGGCAAGGCUGCUGGACAUGGACAAGUUCGUGCGAGACGGCAACGCCAUUUCACCUGAGAUCACGUUGCCCGGCAUGUGGGAGCCAAUAUCGAUGGCGGUAGACUGGGUCGGCAACAAGCUGUAUGUGGUGGACGGCGUGGGCCAGAAGGUGGAUGUGUUCGAGCUGAACGGCCGGUGGCACGCGAUCGUGCUGAGCAGCAAUCUGACCAACCCCUCGGACAUCGCGCUUGACCCCACCCAGGGGUACAUGUUCAUAGCGGACGGUAACCAGCUGAUCCGUGCCAACAUGGAUGGCAGUGAUACCAAGGCCAUAGUCACUGACGCCGUGUACAAGGCGUCUGGCGUUUCAGCCGACAUUCUUGACAAGCGGCUUUACUGGUGCGACUCGCUGCUGGAUUACAUCGAGACAGUCGAUUACGACGGAAAUGACCGACAUCUCAUACUCAGGGGACCGCAGGUGCCAUCUCCAUCUCGACUAGCGGUGUUCGAGAACCGCGUAUACUGGUCAGACGGUACUAAGCAGGGCAUAAUGAGCGUCAACAAAUACGACCCGACCAGCGUUUCAUCCGUGUACAAGAACCGUGACAUCAAAGAUCCGAAAUCGGUGAAAAUUGUCCAUUCACUAGUCCAGAGAGAAGUAUCGUCACCUUGCAGCAAGAACAACGCUGGUUGUCAGCACAUGUGUAUCGUGACUAAAGGCAGUGACGGUUUGUUAGCGAAUAGGUGCGCCUGUAACAUGGGAUAUCAACUUGCGCAAGACAUGCACAAUUGCGUUUUGGUCGACGAAUUUUUGUUGUACUCGCAGCAAAGGUUCAUUAAAGGUAAAGUCUUGAACAGAGUUUCGCAAGGGUUUACUGACGCCAUACUGCCGGUGUCAUCGAGGAGAGCCAGGUUCGUGGGUCUAGAUUUCGAUGCGCGUGACAAUUACAUUUAUUACUCGGACGUUCUUCAGGAUGUUAUCUAUAGGAUACAUAGAAACGGGACAGGUAGAGAAAUUGUAUUAGCGUCACAAAACGAGGGCGUGGAAGGUCUUGCCGUCGAUUGGGUGGCUAAGAAUUUAUACUAUAUCGAUAGUAGAAAAGGUACAUUGAACGUGUUAAGCACUCGCAAUGUGACCAACAAAAGAGUACUAUUGAAGAACAUGAAAAGACCCAGAGCAAUUGUUGUUCACCCUAACAAGGGGUAUAUAUUCUUUUCCGAAUGGGACCGACCGGCGAACAUAAGCCGCGCGUUUACGGACGGUUCGAAUCUGAUUGUAUUCCGCAACAUUACGCUGGGAUGGCCAAAUGGUUUGGCCGUGGAUUUUGCUACGGAUCGACUAUAUUGGUGCGACGCACUACUGGACCAUGUCCAGCACUCGAAUUUGGACGGGACGGACGUGAGAACCAUCAACUCAACGUUGAUACGACAUCCGUUCUCGAUAGUCACACAUUAUGAUUGGAUGUACAUCACCGAUUGGCGUCUGGACGCAAUCAUUAAGAUACAUAAGCUGACCGGCGUCGUUUCAAAUAUCGAAGUCCGGGAGCCGCAGAACAACCGAUUGUAUGGAGUAAAGAUUUAUAGCGAACACGAACAGCUCGUGGACUACUCGCAUCCGUGUUCGGUCACGUCCAAUUACGGUGGUUGUCAGAAGCUGUGUUUCGCGGUGCCGUCCAACAAGUCGAUUUCUUCGUCACUUCAGGCCCAGUGUGGCUGUCCGUACGGCGAGAAGGUCGACGUGGAUGGCAAGACAUGUGUGGCCGAUCCGAACGCGGAGCCACCGGUAACAGCUUGCCCGAAUACGUGGGACUUUACGUGUAACAACAUGCGGUGCAUACCCAAAGCUUGGGUAUGCGAUGGCGAUGACGACUGUCUCGACAACUCUGACGAGGAACAAAACUGCACCAAACCUACCUGCGCUCCGGGCGAAUGGCAGUGUGGUUCUGGCCGUUGCGUACCGGGCACGUUCCGGUGCGAUGGCGAAAACGACUGCGGAGAUUACAGCGACGAAACCGGAUGCACGAACGUUACAUGUUCUUCGACUCAAUUCUUGUGCGAAAAUGGCCGCUGCGUACCGGCUACGUGGAAAUGUGACUCCGAGAAUGACUGCGGCGACGGUUCAGACGAAGGCGACUUUUGCGCGGAAAAGACGUGCGCCUAUUUCCAAUUCACUUGUCCUCGGUCCGGUCACUGUAUUCCGCAGACGUGGGUGUGUGACGGCGACAACGACUGUUUCGACAACCAAGACGAAGAAGGUUGCCCACCAAUCACGUGUUCACCGACACAGUUCAAAUGCGCUGACCUCCGGCAGUGCAUACAAGAGACGUACAAGUGUGACGGAAUAUUGGACUGCAACGACGGCAGUGACGAGCUUGGUUGUCCUACAUUGGCUCCUAACCAAUGUGACACAGAAAAACAAUUUCGUUGUGAAAAGUCGGGUAUUUGUAUACCGAAAACGUGGUACUGUGACGGAACCGCUGACUGCGACGACGAUUCAGAUGAACCGAAAACUUGUGGACAAGUUUCUUGCCAGUCGAACUACUUCAAAUGUAACAAUUCACAAUGUAUUUUCAAGGCAUAUAUCUGUGAUGGCAGAGAUGACUGUGGCGAUGGUUCCGAUGAGGACUAUAGACUCGCUUGCGGAGCACCACCAUUCAAAUGUAUGUCAGGUGAAUGGCAAUGUCCCAAUGCAACAAACCGCUGUGUUAACAUAACAAAUGUAUGUGAUGGAAUACCUCAUUGUCCAAAUGGUGCUGAUGAAGGACCGAAUUGUGAUCUUCCUGAAUGCGACAAAGAGGGUAGUUAUUGUUCAAAUGGAUGUAAACAAACUCCAGUAGGACCAUUGUGCACAUGUCCUCAUGGUGAAGUCUUGAACACCACAUAUGAAUGUAUGGACCUCAAUGAGUGUGAUCCACCAGGUCUUUGCUCACAACAUUGUACAAAUACCAAAGGAAGUUAUUUCUGUUCCUGUGCUCCUGGCUAUGUUUUAGAAUCUGAUAAACAUACGUGCAAAGCUUUAAAUCACAGUGCAGCGUUUUUAAUAAUUUCCAAUCGCCAUUCUAUAUUGGUUGCUGACCUCAAGGAACAAGGCCUAGAACGAGUUCCCAUUAUUGUGGAAAAUGUUGUAGCGACAGCAUCAAACAUGCAUACAGGAACUAUAUUCUGGUCAGAUAUGAAACUUAAAAAGAUAUCCAGGCUGGACAAGAGCAGUGAGCCUAAAGAUAUAAUUACUUCUGGAUUAGAUUUAGUUGAAGGUUUAGCCUAUGAUUGGAUUGGAGGACAUAUUUAUUGGCUAGAUUCUCGACUAAAUACAGUUGAAGUGGCCAAUGAGAAUGGAACUAAUCGUAUUAUUUUAUUAAAAGAAAAUAUUACUCAACCAAGAGGAAUGAUGUUAGAUCCAAGUCCCGGUGCUCGAUGGCUGUUUUGGACCGAUUGGGGAGAAAAUCCAAGAAUUGAACGUGUUGGCAUGGAUGGCUCAAACCGUUCUGUUAUUAUUAGUUCAAAGAUCUAUUGGCCUAAUGGUUUAACAUUAGACAUUGUUAAUCAACGAGUAUAUUUUGCUGACUCCAAGCUUGACUUCAUAGACUUCUGUUACUAUAAUGGAACCGGUCGUCAACAAGUUAUCGCUGGAAGUCAUUAUCUAUUACAUCCUCAUUCACUCACUUUAUUCGAAGAUACUCUUUACUGGACUGAUAGACAAUUAAAUAGGGUAUUAUCUGCUCAUAAAUUCAAGGGGAAAAAUCAAACAGUCGUUUCUCAUUUAAUUUCACAACCAUUAAGUAUACAUGUACAUCAUCCAUCCUUACAACCAAUUACACCUAAUCCAUGCGAAAAUGCUACAUGUGAACAACUCUGUUUGUUGUCACCUUCAACACCCAAUGGUUAUACCUGUAAAUGUAAACCAGGAUACCGAGUAGAUGGUGGCCAAUGCAUUGAAAAUGAGUCUCCAUUUUUAUUGGUCAUGCGAGGUUACCAAAUAAUCGAUGUUAGUUUGACACCUGGUGACAAAACAACUGGACAUAUUGUUCCAAUUGUUGGUAUCGAAGGAGGUACUCAAGUUGAUUAUGAUACUGAAACUAAAUCUUUAUUUUGGGUCGAAGGAUUAAAAGUGAAUGAAGAAGACGAAAGUAUCAACAGUGUCAAUUGUACGUUAAUGAUGUCUCCAUAUCACGGAGGAAACAAAUCAUCUUUGUUAGGCGAACUCACUGGUUUUGUGGGUGCCCCAUAUGUCAUUGCUUUUGAUUGGAAUGGCCGAAACUUGUAUAUUGGAAAUAGGGAGUCUUCUAGCUUAGAAGUAAUUAAAGUAGAUGGUAUUAAUAAAUACAGAAUGGUAUUAUUAUCAAACAACGGUAAAGACAUAUCUGUGGCAACACCAACCGGCAUUGUAUUGGAUCCCAAUGAAGGAAAACUCUAUUGGGCUGAUCAAGGAGGAUUUGGUGUACCUCCUAAAAUAGGAAAAAUGAACAUGGAUGGAUCCAAUCCUCAAGUGUUAAUUAAUGACGGUCAUACACCUGAAGCCAUCGCUAUUGAUCUAGAACAAAAAAAUAUCUAUUAUAGUACACAAUAUCCUAGCAAUAUUAAAGUUAUGAGUGUGAGUGGUAUGAAUCAUCGAACAUUAAUGAGCGACUAUAACAGUAUCGCUUUUCCAAAAUCAAUGGGAAUCUAUGAUCGGUAUCUAUAUUUCAUCGACUCUAGAUAUGAUCACCUUGUGAGAGUCAAUGCCGAAGAUGGUUCUAACAUGGAAAAAAUUUUAGAUAACGAUCCAGAUCUUAAAUCAUUGACAGUGUUUUCAAAAAAAACCAAUGUAAAUCAUCCAUGUGCUGUGACAAAAAAUGGUGGAUGUCAACAGUUUUGUAUUCCAAGUGAAAAUAGUAACAGAGUUUGUGCUUGUUCUGUGGGAUACAAGAAGGAACUUGAUAUAAAGUGUACACCACAUUCUUCUUUUGCGGUUGUUUCUCAAGUAGAUUUAGUCAGAGGAUAUAGUCUAACUGAUACGCUUGAUGCUAUUGUUCCAAUAUCAGGACCAGGACAUCAUAUCCUACACGUGGACGUUCACGUUGCUCAAAACUGGAUAUACUGGGUGGAGUUCAAUCGAGGUAUAUGGAACGGCAUUUACAGAAUACGGCCAAAUGGUACGGAGCUUCAGCAUGUAAUCAAAGACGGAAUUGGUUCCAACGGUAUACGGGGAUUGACAAUCGAUUGGAUCGCGGGAAAUAUGUAUUUCACGAAUGUAUUCCCACACGAAAAUUACGUCGAGGUGUGCUGGCUGGACGGUUCCAUGCGUAAAGUGCUCGUUAAAACUACAACAGACGCGCCGAAAGAGUUGGCGGUGAACCCAAUCAAACGAUUGUUGUAUUGGAUCGACUAUGGCCAAUAUCCAAAAAUCGGCAAAGCAUAUUUGGAUGGGUCUAAUUGGAUGCCAAUCGUGACCACCGGAAUAAGUCAGCCUAGAGAUUUAACUGUCGAUAUGAUCACUCACGACGUUUACUGGGUGGAUGCCAGAUUAGAUUUAAUUCAGAAAGUAUCGUCUAGUGGAGGUGAAAGACAAGUUGUACGUCGAAAUAUUCCAAAUCCGAUGGGUAUCGCUAUACAUUUGAGUGAUAUGUAUUGGGUCGAUAGAAAUUUGAAGACUAUAUUUAAGGCUUCAAAACUACCAGGGAACAAUUCAAUGCCUACCCCAAUUAGAACUGGACUCCCUAGAUUGCGUGAUAUUGCAAUAUUCGAUGUGAACACCCAACCUCCAGAUGAGUCUAACUCUUGUUCACGAUUUGGUAAUGGAGGGUGUGAUCAAUUGUGUUUCUCGUUUCCGCCUUCUUACUCCAUAAAUAAAUUUUUGUUCCGUUGUGACUGUGCCACUGGAGUAAUAGCAGCCGGAACAGGCACUAAAUGUGACACUGUUUCCGAAUACUUGGUGUUUGCCACAAGAACUGAAAUUCGAUCGGCAAGUUUGGACCCUCUAUCGACCACAUUACCCUUUAAACCAGUUGGUAAUCUAUCGAAUGUGGUUGGUCUGGACUUCGAUUAUGCGGACAACAAGUUAUUCUUCACUCAAAUACGACCAAUGUCCCAAAUAUCUUCUAUAUCAAGUAAUUCGCCCAGUAACAGUCAAAUAAAGAUGAUAUUGGGGCGUCGAAUUAAUCCAGAAGGUAUUUCGUAUGAUUGGACUCAAAAAAAGAUAUACUGGACAGAUUCAUCAAACAAUUCAAUCUACGCCAUGAAUAUAGACGGCACUGAAGUAGUAAUGAUUGCUAGAGUUGAAAGGCCCAGAGCAAUCGUGGUCGACCCAUGUAAUGGAACGUUGUAUUUCACCGAUUGGGGACGUUUUGGUACUGCUGGAAAGAUCUUUAGGACCACAAUGGCAGGAUCUUUAAAGAAAGCCAUCAUCGACAGAGACUUGUCACAGCCCAGUGGUUUGACGAUUGAUUUCGAUGACCAAAUGUUGUAUUGGUCGGAUGCCGUAAGAGAGAAAAUUGAAAGAUCUACACUAGAUGGUGGUAAUCGUGAAGUAUUAAUAACUGCGACUAUCUAUCCGUUUGCCUUGACCGUCCAUGGGAAUUAUAUAUAUUGGACAGACCUUCAGCUGAGAGGUGUCUAUAGGGCAGAAAAGCACACCGGUGCCAACAUGAUAGAAAUAAUCAAAAGGCUAGACGAUUCGCCAAGGGAUAUAGCUAUUUACUCAAAAGACAGGCAAAAGUGUUCGGUAAACCCUUGCUCGAUUAGCAACGGUGGGUGCACUCAGAGCUGUCAUCCUGGACCCAAUGCUACAGCUGAAUGCAAGUGUGACGAUAAUUCGAAACUUGUUAAUGAAG